GUCGAUUUCCCUAGCCUCUCUGAGCCAUAUGAUCCUCAGAGUCCGUCAGAGAAGCUGACCGCUCACCCGGAUGUAGCCAGCGCCGUGAAAAAGAUAGUCGCAGCUUGUGGCCAGAUCGGGGUCAUGGUACAAGUACCAUUCUUAACUCUCUGCGAUGCAAGCAUGGGAUAUCAUCUACCGUCUUGCCUCCGGUUCUUCGAAGCUUCACAUACGGUAGAGAUACUCCGUGACGCGGGGCGCAAGGGCAUGCAUGUUGAGGAUAUUGCAGCAAAGAUUGGCUGCGAUGUCGGGAAACUCUCACACAUCCUUCGUCUCUUGGCAACACACCACCUACUUACCGAAGUCACGGCGGAUACCUUCGCCAUAAAUCGUGUAAGCAGCGCUAUGGACACGGGUAAAUCGUGGCAAGAUAUUCUGGCGAACCCAGAAAAGAAAUACGAGGGAACGAAAGGCGUUGCUGCCUUCGUCGCUAUACCGUCGCUUACUUCGCUGUCAUUGAACUUUGCGCUUGGUUCACCUGCGCCUGCGCCACCCCCAAGUGUGCACCUGAGCAACUUGCCGACACAUUCGCCGUUCAAUACGGCGUUCCGGACGGAGAAAGAGUUCUUUGCGUGGUUGGAGGAGAAGGGGAAUGAGGGCCGGAUGAGAAGGUUUGGGUGUGCAAUGACGGGGAGCGGGGGGCUCAAUUCGACGUCAGCGUUUCCGUGGCAUACACUGCCGGAGGGCGCGCUUGUCGUGGACGUGGGAGGUGGGAUCGGGAGUACGAGUUUGCUGCUUGCGAGGAAAUUCGAGGGGUUGAGGUUUAUGGUGCAGGAUCGGGUGGGGGUGGUGAAGAUGGGGGAGGAGGCGUGGAGAGAGAGGGCGCCGGAGUUGUUGGAUGGUGGGAGGGUCACGUUUAUGGCUCAUGACUUUUUCAGGCCGCAACCUGCCCUGCAGGCGAGUCCUGCAGUGUUCCUGCUGAGGGUCAUCAUGCAUGAUUGGCCAGAUGAGUAUGCGAGGAAGAUACUGCUCAAUCUCAGGAGAGUGGCUGUGGACUCGGAUGGGGUGGGCAGGCGGAAGACGAGGCUGGUAGUUGCCGACCAUGUGCUUCCCUUGGCUUGUGAAGAUCUGAGAGAGCAAGGAGCGGAGGAGGACGAGGGGGGCUUGGUGGAGAGACGCUUGCCGAGUUGGAGGGCGCCGCUGUUGAGUAACCUCGGCAAGGCAAGUGCGAAUGCGUAUUGGAUGGAUUUGACGAUGCGCUGUAUGUUUAACAGUCAGGAGAGGACGUUGCGGGAGAUGAUCACGCUCCUAGAAAGCGCGGGCUGGAAAGCUCAGAAGAUGAGCCGGGCUGAGGGAAGCCUGUUU